AUAUGAUACCAAAACAUAUACAACCUCAAUUCCACUUGAAAUCAACAUAGUAUAAUUUACAAACACAGAGAGAUGUGUGACGAGAGUGAGGGUGAGUGUCACCCUCUGUUACGAGGUGGGAGAACCGAAGAGUACCAAACAAAAAGCUUUUCUUCAUCAGAAAUGGAGACUCUGAGCAGCUUAUGUGACGUCAUCCUGCAACCACUCCCUUUGAAUUCUCUUGAUGAUAAUGGCAACAAGGUAGAAGAAUCAAUCCGUUCAUUCUCAACUGCUUCUGGCUCUCAAUACUCAGUACCAACGAAGGUAGCUCAUCAUUUGAUGAAGAGGGGGUUUCUUGAAGCAGUAAUGGUGGUGAGAUUGGUCGUAGCACUUCUUUCCACCAGACUGGGUACCUUUUUACUUUCUGGAUCUCUUUGUUUAUCUCAUAAAUGGCCAUACGUAAAGAAAUUUUCAGAAAUUCCCUUACAUAAGAGGGAGAAGGUUCUGCAGAAGUGGUUUAAUAAUAGAUUUCUAACUCCUAUCAGACUCGGGUUUGUGUUCCUCAAGACUCUCUGCCUUCUGGUAUUCUUUUCUCAGGUGGGUGAGAAAGCAGAUAAUCCUGCAUGGAAAGCCAUCGGCUACCACAUAGACAUCACCGAAGAACAUCCCAAAGAGGACCACAACGAGCGCCCUUUACAGAAAGGAAUGGUGGAAAUCAUGAAAGAAAACGAUCAAACUCUUGUACAUUCUCUUCUUCAAAAAGGCCUGGAUGUAACCGAAGAAUUCAAAGAAAACAUUUGCAAAAUCAAAUGCGAUGUUGUAAUAGUCGGCUCUGGUUGUGGUGGUGGUGUUGCAGCUGCCAUUCUCGCAAAAUCCGGCAAGAAAGUUGUGGUUCUUGAAAAAGGAAACUACUUUACUCAAAAAGAUUAUUCAAAACUCGAAGGACCUUCUCUGGAUCAACUCUAUGAAUCAGGAGGAAUACUUCCUACCCUUGAUGGUAAAAUAAUGAUUCAAGCAGGAGCCACAGUAGGUGGUGGCUCAGCAGUCAACUGGUCAGCUUGCAUUAGAACACCACAACCCGUGCUUCAAGAAUGGGCUGAAGAAGAAAACAUGAAGUUAUACGAAAGCCACGAGUAUAUGUCUGCAAUGAACAAAGUGUGUGAAAGAAUCGGUGUUACUAAAAAAUGCACAAGAGAAGGGUUCCAGAAUCAAGUUCUUCGUAAAGGGUGUCAGAAUCUUGGUCUAAAAGUUGAAGAUGUCCCACAAAACACAUCAAAGAAUCAUUAUUGUGGUUCUUGUUGUUAUGGUUGCAGAUCAGGGGAUAAAAAGGGAACCGAUUCCACAUGGUUGGUUGAUGCAGUUGAUCAUGGGGCUGUGAUCAUAACCGGAUGUAAUGCAAAGAAAUUUAUCUUAACAAGUAACAAAGGAAAGAAAAGAAGAAAGAAGUGUGUAGGAGUAAUUGCUCAAGUUUUAAACCAAGAAAUCUCUAAAAGAUUACACAUCGAAGCAAAAGUCACAGUUUCUGCAUGUGGGUCUCUUUUAACACCACCUUUAAUGAUAUCCAGCGGUCUCAAAAACCCUAACAUUGGCCGGAAUCUUCAUAUGCAUCCCGUUGCAAUGGCAUGGGGAUACUUUCCAGAAAGCGAUGACUCGGAUCUUACAGGAAAAAACCAGGAGGGGGGAAUAUUGACAUCUGUUCAUAAUCCAGGGUCAGAUGAGACGUACAUCUUGGAAGUCCCAGCACUAGGGCCUGGAUCUUUUGCUGCUUUAUGUCCAUGGAUUUCUGGGAAAGACUUAAAAGAAAGAAUGCUGAAAUUCUCACGAACAGCUCAUGUAUUUUCAUUGGUGAGAGACCGAGGAUCUGGAAAAGUGACAUCAGCAGGAAGGAUAGGUUAUAAAUUUAGCAAAUUUGACAAUGCAAGCAUCAAGAAAGGGUUGAGACAGGCGUUAAGGGUGUUGAUUGCAGCAGGAGCUGUUGAAGUGGGUACUCAAAGAAGCGAUGGACAGAGAUUGAAAUGCAAAGGGACAAGUGAAAAGGAGAUAGAGGAGUUCUUGGAGACAGUAGAUGCUGUUGGGGGUCCGAUGUCAAUGGUGAAAGAUUGGAAUAUUUAUUGUUCGGCUCAUCAAAUGGGGAGUUGCAGAAUGGGGAAAAGUGAGAAGGAAGGUGCAGUGGAUGAGAAUGGGGAGAGCUGGGAAGCGGAGGGACUUUAUGUUUGUGAUGGGAGUAUUCUACCGAGUGCUGUUGGUGUCAAUCCCAUGAUCACAAUUCAGUCGACUGCUUAUUGCCUUGCUGAAAGAAUUGCAGACACUUUCGGAUGAAAAGAUGUAUGUAAGAUUUGAAGUUAAUUAAUAAUGGAAGUGUAUUAUAGAGUAUACUGUCAACUGUAUUAUAGAGUAUACUGUCAACUAAAUGGUUUGUGAAGUUGAUGUAGUAGCUUGUGUAUGUUACUUCGCUACUGAAUAAAAAGAUCUUCCAUUGUUGGUGAA